AUGGAUCAUACAUUUAAGCAUCACAUCACAUCUCGAACUGGAUACAAACGUUACCAGUAUAAGGAAUGUGGAGAAGCCUGUGGUUUUCCCUUUUCCCUAAUACCUCAAGUGAGAACUCUUACUGGAGAGAAAGUAUGCAAAUGUAAGAAUUCUGGGAAUCCCUGUUGUUGUUCCUCACCUCUCCCUAAACAUGUAAGAACUCAAUGUGGAAAGAGGCCUUAUGAAUGUAAGGAAUGUGGAAAAGCUUUUAGUGGUUCUUCAUCCCUCACUGCACAUAUAAGGGCUCACAGUGGAGAGAGGCCUUAUGAAUGUAAGGGAUGUGGGAGAGCUUUUAGUGCCUCUUCAUCCCUCACUGCACAUGUAAGAACUCACAGUGGAGAGAGGCCUUAUGAAUGUAAGGGAUGUGGGAGAGCUUUUAGUGCCUCUUCAUCCCUCACUGCACAUGUAAGAACUCACAGUGGAGAGAGGCCUUAUGAAUGUAAGGAAUGUGAGAAGGCCUUUAGUCGUUCCUCACACAUCACUGCACAUAAAAGGACUCAUAGUGGAGAGAGGCCCUAUGAAUGUAAGGAAUGUGGGAAAGCCUUUAGUAGUUCCUCAUGCCUCACUAAACAUACAAGAACUCACAGUGGAGAGAAGCCUUAUGAAUGUAAGGAAUGUGGAAAAGGCUUUAGUGAUUGUUCAUCCCUUCGUAGACAUAAAAGAACUCACAGUGGAGGGAGGCCUUAUGAAUGUAAGGAAUAUGGGAGAGCUUUUCGUAGUUCCUCAUCCCUCACUGCACAUGUAAGAACUCACAGUGGGGAGAGGCCUUAUGAAUGUAAGGAGUGUGGGAAAGCCUUCAGUCGUUCUUCAUCCCUCACUACACAUGUAAGAACUCAUAGUGGAGAGAGGCCUUAUGAAUGUAAGGAGUGUGGGAAAGGCUUUUGUAGUUCCUCAGCCCUCACUGCACAUAUGAAGGUUCAUGGUGGAGAGAGGCCUUUUGAAUGUACAGAAUGUGGGAAAGGCUUUAUGUUUUCCUCACACCUUGCUAGACAUUUAAGUUCUCACAGUGGAGAAAGAAUUUUUUAAUUGUGAUGGUUAAGAUUGUUUGUUGUCUGGGCCAUGAUUCUAAGUGUUUUGGCGUUUGUAUAAUGUGAUCACUUUCCUGUUGAAAUUUGAUAUGUGAUCACCCCCAUGAUGGAUCUGCUGAGUGGUACUGGCAGGGGUGAGGCCUGUGGUGGCUCACCACCCCCUCAGCCUUCAUCUCUCUGCUUUCUGCUGCCUACUUCCUUCCUGCUUGCCUUGCAAAAUUUGUUGGUUUGUUCUGGAUCCAGCAGCUGUCUUUGUCUGACCUCUGGUUCUUGGGGCUUGAGCUUGCAGCUUACCUGCCCAUCUUGGGAUUUGCCAAUCUUCAUGGCCUGCAAGGAAGAGUCCUGCUCCUUGACCUGCCUAUCUUGGGUUCACCAGCUUCUGUGGCUCCAUGAAUUGGGAAUGGACUCUAGCUUGACCCACGGACUUGGGACAUUCCAACCCCUACAAUCGUGU